AUGGCCAACAAGACUGCGAUGGUGAACGGUGGUGCACAGGGUGCCUUGCAAAGGGGUAAGGCGUGUUUACGGUGCAGGUCAGUGCUCAGAUGUGAUGGCACGAAACCGGCGUGUCAGCAGUGUGUGCGCGCUAAGAAGGCAGAUUGCUGUGAAUAUGAUGAUGGCAAGGGCAAGACGCGGACACAGAUUCUCAAGGAGACAAUAGCUCGACUCGAACAGCGUAUACGGGAGCUCGAAGAUCCGGAAUAUGUAUCGCCUGCCAUCACACUGCACGACCCUCAUGCCUAUCAUCAUUCUGAGUCCUCAUCAUCUUCGUUGGGCUCUCCGGGCAGUACUUCGUUUUCCGCAUCACAUUCGCCCUUCCCCUCUGAGACGACUAGCUCACCGCCACGACCAUGGACAAAUUUACCAGGCGUAUCUCCUUCGGCCACUCCCUUUUCCUCUGAGAUAUUCUUCGACGAGCCCCAGAUUUCAGCUCCAUUCGACCUCGCACCCGCCCUCUUGGAUCUCUUCGCCCCUCAUCGUCACCAGUGCGGCUUUGAAGUGCACAUGGGCAGCCUCAGGGAUAGCCUCAACCUGCCCAUGUCGGAACAGCGUCAUCCGGCCCUCAUGAACGCCAUCUAUCUGUGGGCCUGUUUUGUCUCACGGCCGGAACCCCUCUGCGAGCAUGAGGAGCACUUCCUGACCCAGGCCAUCCAGGCGCAUCAGCAAGGCCUUAGGCUUGCAGACAAAGUUUUGGACAUCAUACAAGCUUCGUGCCUCCUGUCUGUGUACUUCCUCGCAAAUGGACGGCUGUUGGAGGGGAGUUACCACGCCAGCGCUGCAGCCGCCCUAGCGGUCCAAGUAGGCUUGCACAUGGAUGUCUCACCUGAGCCUCAUCAGUGGAUGAAUGACUCCACCGAGUCAUUCGACCUUAAGCCACAAAAGAUUGACUUGAGGCGGGGCGAGCGAGUCCUGGCAUUCUGGCAAGUAUACAACCUGGAUCGAUGCUGGUCAGUUGUGCUUAGGAAGCCUCCUGUCCUUCCGGAUGGGUCAAAUCCCUGGACCUCGAUAACCUGCCCUUGGCCACAAGACAUGGCGGAGUAUGACUCGGGUUAUAUUGAGUCCAACUCUCCAUAUCACACCAUUGCGAGUUUCUUGAAUGGGGAUGUGGCCUCAGGGAGCUUCUCGCUGCAGACCUUGCGUGCAAAGGCCUCCACCCUCUUCGCCCAUGCGGACCAGCUAUCCCGGGCGUGGGACUCGCGAAAACCUUCACCUGGGAAUCAAGAACAGAUACGAGCGCUAGAGAUUACGAUCACGCGGUUUUUAUCAACACUUCCUCCAGUACAUUCGCUGGAUGCAACGAUGGCUGACGAUAGACAACUUUUAAUCACAGUACAUACUCUGGCGCAUGCUUCCAUAAUAAUCCUCCACCAACCGUUCGCCCGCGAUGAUGCCCACUCGUAUGACCGGUCCUCUCGGGCUGCUAGAGCCUGCGCCUCGAUUAUUAAAUCUAUGACGGAUUCAGAUUUUAACUUCUUGGAUCCCAUAGUUGGCACUUGUUGGACAUCAGCGGCGGAAAUCAUCGUCCGUGAACUUGAUACUUUGGAGUCAGCAUGGCCACCCAUGAAUAGUUCUGAUGUGCGAAGCGAACUUGGUACGAUCCUAUAUGCCAUGACCAACUUUCAUUCCCAUUUCCCUAUCCUGGGUAUUCCGAUAGCGAAAAUCCAGAAGAGGCUGGAAGUAUAGGAUUCAAUCUCGACGUACGAGGAUGCUAAUCCCUCCCUCUUGGACAUUACGAGGACUCUCUUAAAGACGUUGCCCAUUGCAUGGACAUUGUAAUGUGUGGACAUUGUUUUGCUUUGGACU